CCGUUACAUAAAAAAAAAACUUGACAAUCUCCAAAAUCACAAGACAGCUGUGGUACAAAUUGAGCUACUUUUUAUAUCCAUUAUAUGCUUGAAAUGGAUUUUCUUAGCAUUUUACUGGUGCUUGCCCCACUUCUGACAAUCUGUAUAUUUAUUCUGGCAUUGAUCAAAUCCCGGCAAACAGAGCCACCUGCCAAUGAAGCUCGAGUUCGGGAUGGCGCCGCUAGGGGCGCUGGCGCCGUGGUGCAGCCGGCGCGGCGGGCCGCGACCGCCAGGAACCGGGCCAGGAUGAGGAUGGCAGCGGGUGACGAUUCGGACGGGUCGGGGAACGAGGACCACGGAGCCGUGGAGCUGCCCGAGGGCAAGGUCGGAAAGAAGAAGCUCGCCAAACUGGAGGCAAAGGCCGAGAAAAAGGCGCAGAGAGAGGCAGAGGAGCGGGAGAGAGAGGAGCGGCGCGAGCGUCAGGAGCUGCAGGCCGAGGAGCGCCGCCGCCAGGAGGAGCGCGAGGAGGAGCAGGAGCGCGCCCGCCAGGAGCAGGAGCGGCUGGAGCGCGAGGAGCGAGAGCGUCGCGAGCACGAGGAGUACCUGAAGAUGAAGGAGGCGUUCGGCGUGGAGGAGGAGGGCUUCGAUGAAGAGCUCGAGGAUGAGAAGGAAAGCAAAUUGCAGGAGUUCCUCAACUACAUCAAGCGGGUAAAGGUGGUCCUUUUGGAGGAGCUGGCCGCGCAGUUCGGUCUGAAGACCCAGGACGCCAUCGACCGGCUCCAGACCCUGAUGGCUGAUGGCACACUCUCAGGAGUCAUUGACGACCGCGGCAAGUUCAUCUACAUCCCCACCUCGGAGCUGGAAGCGGUGGCCACCUUCAUCCGGCGGCGCGGACGCGUCUCGCUCGCCGACCUGGUCGAGAACAGCAACUCGCUGAUCUCGCUGACACCGGAGGUGGCGCAGGCGUCGUGAGCUCGCUCUGAGUGGGCCGGACACCCGGGUGGCUCCAGAAGAGUGAGUUGGGUGCGGCGGGUGGCUCGGAGCCUGGAACUUGUGGGGUGUGCGGUGCGGGUGGUGUGGGUGUCUCUGAGGGGGCGAGGUGAGAGGGUAGGCGGCGUGCGGUGUCUUCUGAGGGGACGGGCGACCGUGAGCUUUCUGAGAUGUGCGUGUGACGUGCGGUGCCCGCUGCUGAGUGGCUGUCAGUGUGAGUGAUCUAAGUGUGUGUGGAGCGGCUCUGGGUGUGGGGCGAGUGUGCUAUGUCUGUGAUGGUGAGCUGGCUGCCUCGUUUUCUCCGUAUCUUAUGCGCCGCCUCGCGUGCUAGUGAACCGAAUGCCCUCGGGUUUGAAUCGCCCUGAUUGUUCCAAGUGGUCUUUAUUGUGUGAAUGUUGGGUCCCUUGUGGCGUGUUGCUGCUAUAUUUUCUUGUUAAUUCGCACAUUUCAAGCCAAUUUAGUUAAUAUAUGAUAUAUUUAUUAUAUAAUUUA